GACCUCCACCGCUCCUCUGCUGCUCCAACAUCGAACGAAGUAGACCCUGGAUCUGGUGGCCAUGACUUCUUUCCCUAUUCGAAUCAUUCUUCACGCUCUUCACUGCUGAUGUCGUCGACUAAUCAUGAAUACGCUCCUCCGAGCCCCGAUUUUGAUUCAUCAUCGAAGAAAAUGGAAUCCGCUGUUCCUGAUCUCCGCUGGCCGAUGAAGUUGAGGAAGGCAAUGGGUGACAAGAAGAAGAAGACGUUCAUGUUCAUCAGGCUUAUCUCAGCAGCCGGGACAGGGUUCUUCUAUGUCAAGAAGAAGAGCUCCAAGAAAGUCAUGGAGAAGCUCGAGUUCCGGAAGUAUGAUCCAAGGGUGAACCGCCAUGUUCUUUUCACAGAAGCAAAGAUGAAAUGAGUGAGCAAACAACAAUUCUGCUAAUGAAUAAUGGCAGCCAGGUUUUUAUUGGCCCUCUGUAGGCGGUGUUCUGAAACCCUUUCCGUGUUCUUCACUGCUGAAACUUUUCAUAGCGUUCAAGUUUAGGAGAUUGGCAUCUUGCUUUCGCUCCCUUAUUAUGUUGUGCUCAUGGUGAACUGAUGGAAGAAAUGAGUUAGCAAUCUUGUCAAGUAAUGAAGUUCUAGCAUUUUCUUGGCAACGGUAGA